AGCAACAGCUGUUUUCUGCCGGUCGUUUUAUAAUCACUUAGUUGUCCAAUUUCGCUUUUGUUUUUUCCUGUUUUAAAAUACAAGAUGUCAAUUUUAAUGCAAGGAGUUGCGAAAUUAGCCCGUCAGGUUACCCGCCCACUUGUUGCUGCCCGCCAUUUUGCGGCAGCGGCGCCAUACGGCGAUGGAGAUGAAGUUCUGGUGGAGCGAUUGGAAGGACCUCGCCAGGGAAUCUCAGUUAUUGGCCUUAACCGACCAGCGGCAAAGAACUCCUUCAGCCGGGGAAUGGUGGAGACCUUCACUGAUGUCCUGGAUGACAUUAAGAAGGACAAUGAAUCGAGGGUUGUCGUAUUGAGGAGUCUUACGCCUGGUAUCUUCUGUGCCGGUGCUGAUUUGAAAGAGCGCAAGGGUAUGAGCCCAGAGGAGGCCACCGAAUUUGUAAAGGAGCUGCGAGGUUUGCUCAUCGCCAUUGAGCAGCUGCCCAUGCCCGUGAUUGCCGCCUUGGAUGGCGCUGCUCUGGGUGGAGGUCUAGAAAUGGCUCUGGCCUGCGACAUCCGCACCGCCGCUUCGAAUACCAAAAUGGGUCUGGUGGAGACGAGAUUGGCCAUCAUACCCGGAGCGGGUGGCACCCAAAGACUGCCUCGCAUCCUGUCCCCCGCCCUGGCCAAGGAGUUGAUCUUCACGGCACGAGUACUCGACGGGACAGAGGCCAAGGAUCUGGGUCUGGUCAACCAUGUGGUGCAGCAGAACGAAACGAAGGACGCCGCCUAUCAGCAGGCGCUUAAGUUGGCCGAGGAAAUCCUCCCCAACGGACCAGUGGGCGUACGCAUGGCCAAACUGGCUAUCGACAAGGGCAUGCAGGUGGACCUGGCCACCGGCUACUCCAUCGAGGAGAUAUGCUACUCACAGGUGAUACCCACCAAGGACCGCCUGGAGGGACUCGCCGCCUUCGCCGAGAAACGCAAGCCCGUCUACAAGGGGGAGUAAACGUGAAUCGGACCACUCCUCUUAAAGUUAAGCUGAAAAUUGCAUUUAUAAUUUUAUCUGUUACUGUUGUAGAGACACUCUAGCGGCAAAGCCCAUUUCUAUUGUUUUUUAUAAAUCAUUCGAUCCUA